AUGCGGCCGCCCAAGGAACCAGAGAGCGGCGGGGGCGGCGCCGCCCCAAGCGGCGGAGAGAGCCACAAUUCAGGGCCAUGGCUCAGCCUGGGCCUCAGCCAGGACCCCACCGGGGGGGGCGGCGAGCUACAAUUCAGGCCCGGUCUCCAGAGGGUCUUCUCCUGCAACUUCUGCAUGAGGAAAUUCUUUAGUUCACAGGCCCUCGGUGGGCACCAGAACGCCCAUAAGAGGGAGAGGGGCGGCGCCGCCGCCCGGAGGCACCAGCGGCCGCAGGCGGCGGCGCCGCCCCUCAAGAAGCCCGCUCCAGAGACCCUGCAAGUCCAACCCCACUCACUUCCUCACACACCACAAAGAGGAGAAGCCAUGGGAGCGGCAGCAAGAUUCCAUGGGGUUACCUCUGAGAUGAGAUGGCUCGGAAGCUUCCAGGAGCCGCCAGCAACCCAGCAGCCGUCCGAGCUGGACUUGAGCCUCAGGCUUUGA